AUGAAGAAUACGAACCAGAUGUGGAAGUUGGACCUCUUGGAGGCCAAAUUUGAGAAUCUACCUCCCCGAUUCCCCCAUACAAAGAGGCUUUUACUUGCAUUAAACCAUAAUAACAAGCUCGCGAAGAAACUACCGAGCGACAAAGCCAGUGCAAUCUCAGAAAUAGCCGAGAUGAAAACGCAUUUCUUCGAGAACAAGUAUCACUCAGGGUUCAAGAAAUUGGAAAAAGAGGUUAAAAAGCUCAUCAAGCUGAAAAAUAAUGCUCCGGAAAUAUUCCAAAAUGAUGAAUUUUUAAAUCAUUUAAUCACAUCGAGAUUGAUCAAGAGUAUCACUGCCACAAUUCUAAUCUCCAAAGAAGCACUGAAAUCGAAUCCGCCAAGUUAUAUACCGCAGCAUAUUAGGGAUAUCAUUACAAACAAGUCGAAUCCAAGCAACCCAUCUCAGUUUUUCAUCACGCAUUGUCAAGAUUCCAAGGAAGUGAAUAAUUAUUGCUCGAGUCUAUGGAAUAGCAAAAACAUCAAGUCGCUUUUGGAUGAUAUAGAUUGGAGUUUCAAGACUGUCAGGGGAAACUUAACUCAUAAGGAUUUGGAGGAACGGAGUCGACAAACAAACAAGCCAGUCAGCUCAAGCAUGGUUCAAGAGGAAGACAAAGACGACGACAAAGACGAAGAUGAUGAUGAAAGUGGAAGUAGCGAUGAGGAAGUGGAGGAAGCGGAGGAAGACGCCGAAGCAGCAUUUGAAAAAUACGCAGAAUAUGACAACUUAGUCGGUGCCUCGGAUGCAGAAGAUGAUGACAACGACGACGCGUUAAACCCAGAAAUCAAUUACAACGAAGUGACAGAUGAAGAGCCUCUGGAUGAUGAACUGGGAAGUGACUCGCUGGACUCAGCAGAUGAUUUCUUUGAACAAGAAGAAGAACAGGAAGAACCACCUAGAAAGAAAACAAAGAAGGAGAAACAAUCAGCCGAGGCCGAAUACAACCUACCCGAACUAGCCACGGGCUACUACUCCGGAGGUUCAGACGACGAAGACGAGAACGGGAAUGUCGAUAACGACAGAGUAGUGAAGGAGCUCACGCUAGCACGCAAGAACAGACGAGGCCAGCGUGCUCGACAAAAGAUCUGGGCCAAGAAAUACGGCAAGGAAGCGAAACACGUCAAGAAGGACCAGGAGAAAGUCAAGAGUGAGCGCGAGACUAGACAGCGCGAAUAUGAAGAGAGACAACGCAAGCGGGAGUUGAGAGCUAAGUUGGCUGCUGAGAGGGAGAAACCCACCGGUGCUAACAUGGAGCCCUUGGGUGAGCGGAAAUCUGUCGCCACGAGCAACGAAGCUGAGAAACUGAUCCAUCCGUCGUGGGAGGCAAAGAAACAAGCUGAGGCAAAGAUGAAGAACGUCAAGUUCCAAGGUAAGAAGAUCACAUUCGAUUGA